AUGUUAUCAAACAAGCGUAAGUUCGACGCCGUCACGCCUGUGAAAGCUACGUCAGGUCGUAGUACAAGUGUUUCUUCCCGAGGAUCCUACAGGACGCGACCGGAAAGUGAUAAUGACGAUGAGGAGGAAAGGGUCGAAUCUCCCGAAAUAAUUUCGAAAAAGCCUAAACUCUUCAGUACGCCUUCAAAGUCCGGAAGGGGAAAGAAGAAGCAGACGCAUGCCAACACCGAGGUUGAUGAAAUCGAUUCUAUAUUGCAUCCUGAAUCUCCUGGACCUACUCCAAGUAAAACUCCCCGCACGAAGGGUGGCAAAACGCCACGCACAGUCAAGAAAGCUGCAUCCAAUAUUACUGUUGUCUCGAGACCAAAUGAUUCAGGUGACGUUCCAUCUGUCUCGGCAUCGCAGACAUCUGCGUCUACUCCUUCAAAGCCUCGAAGACGAACUUCACCAAGCAAACGAGCGACAAACGCACUUGAUCUGGAUGCAACUCCAAGAGCUGACCCUACCAGGUCGGCGAGCUUGUUUUCUGGAUUACCGCAAAAUCCUUUCAUUGGGGUUGUGUUACCAGGCGCGUCGUCUAAAUCUUCACCUCUUAAACCCGCCAUUCCGGGCGCUGCUCGUGGACGCAAAAAGGUUCCAACGCGACAACUCGUGCGCGGUGAUUCUGGAGCACAGAGUUCUUCUGCGGAAGAAACUCUAGGUUCCACACUGCACUCGGGCUCCGCUUCUGGUUCUUCUGCUGCGAACACUGACGAGGAAGAAUUAGUUCCCAUAUCGUCUCGCAUGUUUGCGAACCUCAAGUCUGGUACCACACCCAAAAAGGCCUUAUCAUCUUCCCGCAAACUACAUGAAUCACCAAACAAGCAGACCCUCGCGAAUGGAGAUGUUUACGUAGAUUAUAUGGUCCCAAUGUCGAAUGAGGAUGACGAUACACAACAGUAUCGUGGGAUAUCCUCUGGGGAUGAAGGUGCUUAUAUUAGUUCAUCUGCCGAAGAGAACGAAGAACCAAGAUCGUAUGCGAAGGGUCGUAAUUUGUUCGGACGCACUGAUUCCUACUCACUCGCAUCGCGCCAGCCCCCGAACGCAUCUCGUGACGCCUCUCUUUCUCGCCAUCCUUCUCUUUCAAGCUACGACCCCUCAUCGCCCUACACGUCUCGCGGGCCCUCACCGUCACCGUCAUUGUCAUUCCCCAACUCGCAGUUUCCAUCGGAGAGCGAAACAGAGGAAUCGGAUAGCGAGUCCAUUUAUAGUCACCAACAGCAUGUUGACCCCACUCGCCAUUUAGACAAGCUUGCUUCCCUCGCUCGAAUGGCGCUCGCGUCGGCUGAGGAUAUGAGAAAAAAGGGAAUUAUGCGGGAGGACGAGGCUCCUUUACCAAAGUGCUUCUUGACCGGGGUGAUUGUAGAGCGAGGAAAGUCUCGCACGAAGGGAGAUGAUGGAGAUGAGCCCACGACCAUACGCGCAAUUCCAGAACGACGUCUAGGACAAGUCGAGGGCGAGCCUAUUGCCCGGUCUCGCUCGUGGAUGGAUACUGUAUUGGGGCCAUCUACCUCCCAGUCGGGGAUCAGCCGACAGAGCUCCAGUUCGUCAGUAGCUACAGAUUUGGAUAAUCCAUUCGAUAACUCCCAUACACCUUUCCGGAGGACAAACUCGCAGCCAACCUUGCCCAUUAGCGUUCCAAAACGCCCAGAUUUGGCCAAGGGUCUACCAAGUGCUCAAUCGGAACCGGCUCUCGAAACUGUUUUGGCGGCGUACGAUAUGACUCCCUCGCGUGCUCGAACCAUUCAUAUGACACCAAGCAAAACCCGAUUAGUCGCAACUCCUUCUCAUAUGCGGCUCUUCGGCAGUCCAAGCAAAAGAUCCCGUAUGAGGGAGGUUCAAGAAGUCGAAGAAGAGAUCGAGGAGCGUCCGAUUGACCAAGGAUUCGCAGCUUGGCUUUCUAAACAACAGAUGGCGGUUUUGAGAACACUUCGGAAUCCACCUUGGGCACCGACUCAACACAAGAAUUCGCCCGAGGGUCCCCAAUCUGCCGACGAGGCAACUUUCGAAGUGUCAGUAGAUGGAGAGAACAACGAAAUUGAAGCUGUUAUUAAAUUGCGCGCUCUUCUGCAUCGUACUGUGGAAACAGGGGAAGGAAAUAGUUGCCUAUUGGUGGGACCAAGGGGGAGCGGCAAGACAAGAACUGUUUUGCGCGCUUUACGAACACUAAAUCAAAGCUCCCGUUCGCAGUCACAAACUAGGACAUCUACUUCGCCAAGCAGCCCAACGAAACCCACAAAGGAAAAGCAAGGUGGACAUACUACCAGGAAGCCCGUUGCGCCUCCAUCAACUGCAGCCGCGCCCAUCGUAAUACAUUUGUCGGGUCAUGCCCAAAUAAAUGAUCGCCUGGCAAUGCGAGAGAUCGCACGUCAGUUGGUGCUGCAAAGUGGAGAGGCUCUCGAUGUGCCCUUAGACGAGGAGGAAGAUCCGGACGAGGGGCCGACGGGGAUUCAUGUUCCCGCUGCUACGCACCUUCCCCAGAUCGUUGGUGCACUGGCAAGACAAAUUCGCCCAGUAAUCGUAGUGCUCGAUGCUUUUGACUUAUUUGCGGAACAUGCACGUCAAGCACUCUUGUAUUGUUUGCUUGAUACAGUUCAGUCAUGCAGAGCCGGACAGGGCUCACAGGGGCUCGCUGUGGUUGGAGUUACCAGUCGUAUCGAUUGCUUGACAAUGCUCGAGAAACGUGUCAAAUCUCGGUUCUCUCAUCGUAUUAUUCGGGUCUGCCCGCCAUCUACAGUUGAUUCAUACGUUAGUCUUAUGAUGUCGGCACUGGCUGUUUCCGCUCGACCGGAUAGGCGGCAAUUACCAGCAACCCCGAAGAAGAAGAGGGAUCUUGCUAGUACGGCGGCUCAGACAGAUUCUUGGUGUAUAAACUGGAGAGAUUCGGUCGAGAGGAUGAUUGGGGAUAGGCAAUUUAAACAAAUCAUCGAGGAUAUGUUUGAUUUAUCAAGAGAUGUGAGGUUACUCCUACGCAUCCUGUCAGGAGCCGUGGCUAGUUUGACGCCAUCAUCUCCUUGGCUGACUGUGGGAACAAUAUCUCGAAGUAUUCAAUCACAGUGUGCUCCUCUUCCAUUCGUAUUCUUACAAGAAUUGGCAUACCCGUGCGUUGCAUUGCUUGUCGCAACGCAACACAUUCAUGAUAGGGGUCAUGAUGUAUUCACGUUCAAGAUGCUAUGUGACGAAAUAAAGCGAGAGUUGGGUAAUGAGGCAGUUACCAAAGCACUCGUCCAAGUUCAAGGCCGUGGGCUUGGCUUGAUACGCGUUCCCGAAUCUGUGCUCGAGACGGCGUUCGAGAGGUUGGUGGCGCACAACGUUGUAGUACUUGCUGGUCCAGGUUCGAGCUCCACCGGACGCACAUAUGUGAAAUAUCGGUGUGUGCCAGAUCGUCCUGAUAUUAAGGAGGCGGUCGAGAGAUUAGGGCACAGCGCGAUGAAGCGGUGGUUUGUACAAGGGGCAUCAAGUUAA